CAGAGGGUGAGGCACUGAACCUGCUAGUCAGGCAGGAUGCUGGCAGGAGGGCGGGCUGAGAAGGGGUGGGGCUUAUAGAACAAAGGAGAACUGGGAGCCCCAGGGGCCCAGGCUAGGCAUCAAAAAGGCCCUGCAGAGCCAGCAGGCCACAGCAUUAGCCGCCUCUGCACCCAGCAGGCCAUCAGACAACCUUAGUCUGGUCCCUUCUGCUUGCCCACGGCUGGGCAAGUAACCAGAACUUUGUUUAGAAGGCCUUGUUCUCCAGCGUGAUUGCGCCGACACUAUUCUGUGGCUUUCUCUGUUUGGCGUGGGUUGUGACUGCAGUUCCAAAGGAGAGCAGAAGCAUGGCCGGGAGCAGAGCCAGGAGCCAGGAAGGCUGCCGGGAGCACGCCUUCAUCCCAGAGCCUUUUGAUGGAGCCAACCUCACCCCACACCUCUGGCUGCACCGCUUCGAGGUCAUCAACGAUCUCAACCAUUGGGACCAUAUCACCAAGCUGAGGUUCCUGAAAGAGUCCCUCAAGGGAGAUGCUCUGGAAGUCUACAGACGACUCAGUCUUGAGGACCAGGGAGACUAUUGGGUUGUGAAAGAAACCCUGCUGAAGACCUUUGGCGGCCCUAGUGCUUCCCAUAGCCACCUGCCCAAAGAGAUCGUCUUUGCCAACAGCAUGGGUAAGGGCUACUACCUCAAGGGGAAAAUUGGCAAAGUGCCUGUGAGGUUCCUGGUGGACUCUGGAGCCCAGGUUUCUGUGGUCCACCCGAGCUUGUGGGAAGAGGUCACUGAUGGUGAUUUGGAUACCCUGAGGCCCUUCGAGAAUGUGGUCAAAGUGGCCAAUGGUGCUGAAAUGAAGAUCCUGGGUGUCUGGGAUACCGUGGUGUCCCUGGGCAAGCUGAAGCUGAAGGCAGAGUUCCUAGUGGCCAAUGCCAGUGCUGAAGAGGCCAUUAUUGGUACUGAUGUCCUCCAGGACCACAAUGCUGUUCUGGACUUUGAGCAUCGCACGUGUACCCUGAAAGGAAAGAAGUUCCGCCUUCUGCCUGUUGGAGGGUCCCUGGAAGAUGAGUUUGACCUGGAGCUCAUAGAGGAGGAGCCCUCCUCAGAGGAGGGGCAGGAGCAGCUUUCCUACUGAGAAGCCCCCUUUCUUACCCUCCCAACCUUGGUGGGACAUCCACUAGCAUAGGGGGUAUAUAUCCUCAGGGGAGUCAUUGG